UCAUCGAGCCACAGUCGGUCAGUUCUGGAGAGAGAACCGUCAGUUCAGUACGAACCGUUGUACUGUAGGGAUUUCACGUGACUUCGCUCGAUACACGUUAUUUAUAAAUUCGUGCGCGAUCCAUCACGUUUUUUUUCGAAGCGACGAAAAUAUGCGGUGAUUCCAGUGCCGGAUUUCGAGUGAUAUUCGAGGUAGUUUCGUUUCUCGAGUUGUCGAAGAUUAGAAAAAUUCCGUUUGAUGAGUGUCGUCAAAGUUAACCAUGUCAUGCUCACAAGGUGAAAGGAAUUUCUCGACUUAGGCUAGGAUGUCACAUCACAGCGACGACAACAUGCUGAUAGCAACCUCGGACUCGUUCUGGGAGCCGGGUAACUACAAACGAACGACCAAGAGGAUCGAGGACGGGCACAAAUUGUGCGACAGCUUGGUAACCCUGGUCCAGGAAAGGGCGGAGAUCGAGAAGAGUUACGCGAAGGCGUUAAAGAAUUGGUCGAAAAAUUGGAACGACAAGAUCGAGAAGGGGCCGGAAUAUGGAACCACCGAGGCUGCCUGGAAAGGUGUCCUCGUCGAGUCGGAAAGGCUGUGCGAUCUUCAUCUCAGGGUCAAGGAGAAUCUCUGUAACGACAUCAUUCAGCAGGUGAAAACGUGGCAGAAAGCGUAUCACAAAUCGAUGAUGACGCUGAAGGAACGGAAGGAGAUGGAGGACGCGUUCAAGAAGGCGCAGAAACCGUGGGCGAAGCUUUUGCAAAAGGUGGAAAAAGCGAAGUCGGAGUAUCACAACAGUUGCAAAACCGAAAGGACAGCGGCCAACAUGGAAAGGAACGCAUCGGCGGACAGUUCGCUUUCCCCCGAUCAGGUGAGGAAAAUGCAAGACAGGGUGCAGAAGACGAAGGAAGAAGUUCAAAAAGCGAAAGAAAAGUACGAAGCGGCGUUGCAAGAGAUUAAUCAGUACAAUCCUAAAUACAUGGAGGAUAUGACCCAGGUGUUCGAAAAGUGUCAAGAGAUGGAGGCGCAGCGGUUACAGUUCUUCAAAGAGGUCCUCUUUGGCAUUCAUAAAUGCCUCAAUAUAUCUCAGGAUCCGAUAUUACCACAAAUAUACGAAGAAUUCUAUCACACAAUUAAUAACGCGGACCAUGAGAAAGAUCUGAAAUGGUGGUCGAACAACCACGGUGUAAAUAUGGCAAUGAAUUGGCCACAAUUCGAGGACUACACAGAGGAGUUCCGUGACAUCGCCAAAGGCUCGAAGUCAAAGGAGGCACUUCCGGCUGGCUCCAUCACGCUCAUCAAUCAACGUCCGGUCGGCGAAGAUGUGCAUGAAUAUCCACCUGUUAAUAAUAAAUCAAAAUCGAAGCCCACUUCCCGAGUGAUAUCAACAGAUGUUAGUCAUGCAGACACAAAAACGGACACGAUUAACUCCAGCAAAAAUUCUUCGGAAAAGAACAAUCACGAUGGCAAUGCAGUAAAUAGGACCUCUACAAUGACUAAUGGUACAAAUGUUAAGCAAGAAUCAAAUCCAUUUGAAGAAGAAGAAUGGGAUGAAGAUAGUGGUGAACCAUUGGUUGAUAAUGGAGAACCUGGCGUUCUUGUGCGCGCGUUAUAUGAUUAUGAAGGAGCUGAAGCAGAUGAACUUAGUUUUAAACAAGGCGAUGUAUUUGAUAAAUUAGAAGACGAAGAUGAACAAGGAUGGUGUAAAGGACGAAAAGAUGGUAGAGUGGGUCUUUAUCCUGCAAAUUACGUAGAACUUGUGUCUCCGUAAAAUUACCAUGUAAUGCCAAAUUAUAUGAACAUUGUUAGUUACUUAACACGUAACGCGUAUGGAAAAAAAAAGAAUUUUUAUUUUAUUGUUUAUUUCUCUAUGAAAUAGCAUGUUCGUUAAAAAGAAGAAAAUUUGUAAAUGUCGUUAAAUAAGAAUUACAAGAGACUCUAUAUUAGAAAUCGUUCAUUUCGUGUAUUAUACAUAUAAUGAGCGCUAAAAAAGACGAAAAAAGUUAUAUGAUAAACCUUAUGGUUCAAAUUAUGAGUAAACAAUUGAAAUUCAAAAAAAUUAUUGUAAACGUGAAAAUGAAAAUGCAUACAUUUACUUCAUUCUAUUUCUCAGUUCGAUGUAGGGUCGAUGCAAUAAAACUUAAAACGAAACUUUUACUUUGACGAGUAAUAGUUUUUCGUAUAUAGCUAGGAUUCUCUAUAUCCAUCUUUAUAAAUUAAAUAUGUGCUAAAUAAUAAGAUGGAUAUGUACACCAUGAGUAUAUUAUAAGUUUAGAUUUUUGAGAUAAUGUACAAUUAUACAUUUUUCGACAUUAUUAAUAUUGUUACUAUGAAAUAUUUCGGCGAAUGCGACGAAAAGUAUAUUUAAUUUAUUGUUAUUCAAAUGAUACUAUUAAAACCUAUUCUUUCCGAAUGGUAUCAUUGUAUAUAAUAGAUUUAAGAACGUAAACGAUAUGUAAAGUUGCAAUUGUUUAACGAAGUUGAGAUUUUAUGAUGUUCAAAGUACAUUAGUACGAAAAGUGAAAAAAAAAAACUUGAGAAAUGUGUACAUGAAAUGUACCCAACAAAUAAAUUUGGGACCCAGAAUUGUCCAAUU